AAAUUUCCCCUGGGCUAGUUUGGGAGCCUGCCAUAUGCUCUAAUUUUACGUACCAUAGCCAGGAAGGCAGAAACAUCCGGUUGUUAGUCUGGCGAGGCUAAUCGAGCCCCUGUGUAUCUUUGAUAAAUGUCCAAAAUUCUGAGUCCCGUAAUAUUUAUUAUUGCUAGUCUGUUCAAGUUUUUUUGAGCUAUUUAAGAAAAUGCGUUUUUAAUUUAAAGUGAAACUUUUCUCUAUUUUUAUUAUAAAAUUUUUACAGAAAUGUGGAUUAAAUUAAAAAAAGAAAGCUGCAGUUAAUACUUGUGAUCUGCUGAUAGGUGUUGUGGUGUUUUAAUGUAAACGUUUGUGAAAUGGCUCUGCCCGCUCUGGAGAAGUAUGCUCUAUUCUUGGUUAUACUUUUGCUGAUUUACACCGGAUAUGCUUUUAGGAUUCGAGAUGGAGGCCUGCUGGUUUCGUCGGAGCAGCCUCAUGGAACCUGCAACUCAGUGAGAGGUAAAUGCUUAGAUAAGAUUGUCGGUGAUCUGAUUCUACCUUCUAAAAAGUACCAAAGCUUGAGUUCAAUAGAAAAACUUGACAAGGUUCAGUUACUACACAUAGAAAAUAAUGAGAAGUGGAUGUUUGGGAGGACGAAAAAACUUUCUUCAGUAAAAGUCGAACAUGGACUACGAAAGUUGAAGGUUUCGAAAUUCGAAACGAGUAUCAGUAAAGGAAAGGAUGAGGAUAAAGAAGCAUUUCCUGAUUCAUUAGGAAAAGGUUCAGAGGACGAAGAAAAUAAUACGGAGGAUAUUGAAGCUGAAUCCGACAAAAGCGCAAUGGAUGAUAUGAAUAAUAAUGGCGAUGGUGAAGUCGAAGGUGAAGAACGUAAAAAUAAUAAGAGUGAAGAGGGUGAAGAGAAAGAUGAGAAAGGGGCCGACAAAGUAGAAUUUGUUAAAGAAGAUGACGAUGACCAAAAAAAGGCAGGCGAAGGUAUUCCAGAAAAGGAAGUAAUCGAUUAUGAUAUCGGCAGUAAUGCUAAUCAAGAUGAAGGUAGAAAAAAUGUUUCCGAGGAGACCUUUCGAGAGAAAACGCAUAAACAUGUUUUCAAACUGAAAGAAACUCGUCUUUUAAAGAAGAUGUUAGAGAGUAAAAACCUAAAUACUGAUCAUUUUCCUUCUACUGUGAGUCCUCAUGUGCAGCCUGAAAUUCUUGCUGAUAAACCCACUGUUGUUCAUAUUUUGAAUAAUGACUCAAAAGAAUCGAUCAUUUCAAAAUACACACAGAAAUCCGAAGUAGAAACAGCAGAUGCUAAGCUGACAGCGAAGGUUGAUAAAAAAACCAACGCAACUGAAAAAGAUGUUGCAUUAAAAUCUGCACCACAAUCUCCAUCAACGCUGAAGAAAAAAUUGAUGCCAUCUGAGAAUUCCAAACACUUAGCGGAUACAAAAAAACCUACAAAAACAGAAAGAAAGGAUACGAAGUCAAAAAAAUCUAAGAAUCAGAGGGAGACUUCAUUGACACUAGCUGAGUUAAACGAUGUAUUACUUCACGUGCCAUCUUUUGUACCAAAUUUUACAGCGGUAAAUGAUCCAAUUUGUCAACAACACGGAAAAAUAUUUCUACGGCAGUUACGUGGCUUCAAAUUGUGGGCUUUACAAAUGCUAGAUUCGAGUGGGAAAAUCCCUUCUAGUCUGUUGCGCGGAAACGUCAACCAGUUGGGUGAUUUUGAUCAAUGCCUUGGCAUUAGCACACGCGUGAAGGUCGAUAAAAUAACCGUGAAGGUCCAAGGCAAGUACUGCCUUGCCACAGUAGACCUACAUGCUGCUCAUUCUGAUAUGAAACUUCCAGUAAAUUUGAUGGAGAGUAGAAGAUUUAUUAGAGGAACUAUGCGAGACCCAGGACAUUUUAUCCCGAGAUUCACAACCUUAAACUGGGCGUUAUGUCUGCCUGCGGCUUGUUCGGCAGCAGAUGCUCGCAGAUCCAUAGAGAAUUCUCUGCUUCCUUAUAAUGUGACCUCAGGAAUUGAAUUCUCGAUUAAUGUAGAUCCUGAAAUGUGUUACGUCAGGCAAAGGCCUCAAACUUAUACAAAGGAGACGAUUGGCGUUCUGUAUUUGUAUGUCACUAUACUCUGCCUCGUAAUGAUUGCUACGGUGCGGGAUUGCAUAUCAUCUGUUCAGGACAAAGGAAACUAUUCUGAAAGGAUAAUUAUGUCGUUCUCUCUUAAAAGAACAAUGAAAUCUCUUUUCUGGAAGUACAGCUGCGGUAGCGGAGAAAUCACCUGCAUUCAUGGGAUUAGGUCUCUGGCAACGAUAGCUUUGUACAUCGCUCACAAGCUGAUUCCGUUGAGCAGCAUACCGUACUCUAAUCGCAUUGCGCUUACUGAGGUCGCGAAUACUCCAAUCAGUUCUAUCCUGAGAGUCUCCUUGGUUUACACGGAUUCCUUCUUACUUCUUAGCGGAGUGCUGACUGCUUACAAUAUGGCUAAGGAGCGAAAGAUUCACGGAGAGAUUCGCUGGUUUUGUCGAAUCAUUGCUAGAUUUAUCAGAUUGACACCUGCACUGAUUGCUAUUAUUUUCUGGUACGCCUUUGUUAUGGAGCAUAUUGGAACAGGGCCUCAGUGGAACAGUGCUAUCAAAGCAAAUGCUGAUAUUUGCAAGAAAAAUGCUUGGACCAAUCUCCUGUACAUCCAAAACUUCUUCCCUUUCGAAGAGAUGUGUGCCACCCACACCCAUCAACUUGCUUUGGACAUGCAGUUGUCCUUGAUAGUGCCGAUGUUAGUCUUUUUUCUGGAAAUCAAGCCCGUGAUUGGUAUUCUGCUGAUCUUCUUCUUGCUUCAGCUUUCGGCAACACUGCGUUACCUAUCUACGGUAAACAACAACCUCUCGCUCGUCAUAUUCCAUGGGAUGACACUCAAACGUCUUUAUAAGACAGCAAACUUGACUUAUAUUCUACCCCUGCAUAGAGCCACACCAUACUUAUUUGGUGUCGGACUUGGUGUUCUGAUGAAUUACACUGGAAGAAGCAUUAAACUUCACAAGGUUUUUUCGAUUCUUGGAUGGCUGAUUGCAAGUGCCUUAGGAUCCUGGUCAUUAUUUUCGCCCUGGAAGUAUGCAAGAAGGGACUUCACUUAUGAUGUUGAAGAGGCAGCCUACUACGCUGUGAUAAGUCCAGUGUUCUCUGCUUUGGCUCUUAGCUGGGUCAUCUUUGCGUGCUUUACAGAUCACGGAGGUGCUGUCAACAAAAUACUGUCCAACUAUUGGUUGGUAGUUUUCAGUAGAAUAUCAUACGCCAUCUACUUAUCACAAUUCGCAGUUUUUUUCUACAACAUCGGCACAACGCGUUACUCUUCUGAAUUUCAAGUACAUACAGCUAUCGACCCGUUUGAGGCGAUGGUUGUGGUAGCAGUAUCUACUGUUUUGACACUUCUUUUUGACAUUCCUUUGCAAGAAGUGAAAAACAUCAUAAUGGAAUGCACAGGGGGAUUGAGAACUGCAGAAAUGCUUGAACAGGCGUCAAAAGAAGAACACGAAAGAAAGAUGAAAGAUCUCGCAUCGAACGAUGAACGCAGAGUUAGGGUUAUAGAUGUGCAAAGCUGUGAUGAACACGAGGAAGAACCUAAUCGCAGGAAUUGGCGAAAGGGUACCUUCAGAGAACUAACAACACAUCAGAAAGAUGAGAAUAUAGAACAAUACUCAGUUAUACCCCCUCGGCCAAGGAGGCAGGUUGCAAGAAGACAGUCUUUAAUAAAAAUGGAUCAAAUUAAUAGAUUCGGAAUUCCGCGCAAUCUAGCAGACGGAGAUGAGGCAGACAGAAGAAGUAGGAGUAGUUUUGGAACUUUAAUUAAAGAUUUAAAAACGGCGGAUGAUAAUUUGUCAUCCGACAUGCGUUCUCAGGCUAGUAAUAAUAUUGGCCUAAAAGAUAAUGACGAUUUUACUCCAGGGAUGAUCAGAAGGGAAAGAUUUUCGCCCAAACGAACUUCGCAAAGAGAAGGAGUUCCCUCCUGGGAACUGGUCGGAAAAAACCGGGCAGAAGCCUGGCGAAAUUCUAGAUCAUCCAGAUCAUUAUUAAAAUAUGCGGAGGCUAGACUACUUUCUUCCGAAAGUGAAGAGGAUGAUCAUCCUAAAUUGAGAAGAAGAGUACAAGAAUCAAGGCUAAGUGGCGAGGAAAAGUUGAUCUAUAACGAAGAAGAGUUUCGUGACGAUGACCAGGACUUUCCAAGGCGACGCUCAUCUGCAGAAGGCAAAAUGGCACUUCUUAGAGACCCAGUGGGCCAAGAAAUGACCUUAUGGACUGUCUCAAAAGUGUCUCAAUUAGAGUCCUCUCAAGAAACUAGUGAUAUGGAAGACAAUGAAAUAAAUAUAAGGAAAGGAAAAGUUAAGAAAAGUUCCUUUAGUGAAACUCCUAGUGAAGAAGAAAAUAAUUGGGAGCUUUCAAAGAAAAGGUCCCUCACAACUGGAAGUCAGUUUACUUCCGUUGAGAAUGACGGAAGUGUUUCCACGUUCGACUUUGUUCUAUGGAAAGAUAGUGAGAGGAUACCAAUUCAGGAACUUAGCAAAUUGCCUCAGGAGGAGGAUGAACUUGAAUGUGGGUGGAACCUGAUAAGAACUCCGGAUAUGGAAAUAACCAAAAGCUCUUCUGGUCUCUUUAAGCGUCAGUCAAUUAUCAAGAGUCAAGCUAGCGAAGAAGAUCCAGGAUAUCUACUACCUGAGAGACCUAAGCUUGUUCAGCAAGAACAAGAACAUCCCUUCAAAAAGGCUUGGCAGGAACAAAAAUCUAGAUCAGAGGAGGAUUCCUAUACGGUGAAGGAGGCAAAGGAGAAUAAAGAGAAAAUGGAAUUUAGAGAAUCAAAAGAUAAAGAUACCAAAGAGGUCAAGCAACAUUCCGACAAUGUGGUUAAAAUAGAACAAUCUAGGCAAAUUGGUCCCCUUUUAGACGAAUAAUUUACUGUUAAUUGUAAAUCAGAGUCAGACAGAAGCCAAAUUCACAAUUAUCGCAGUCAUUCUGAAAAGAAUGAGUAUGAACGGCCAAACGAAGAGGAGCAAUUUGUGAAUUACAAAAUAAGGAGAAGAAAGUCAGUAGACGUUAACAGGAGUUGGGAACACGGGGAAACAUGAUAAGGAUGCACGACUAAAGAAAUUUUAUUUCGAAAUUAAGAGAAGUCUGUCAAAUUCAAAAGUACGAAUAAUACUUAAGCGCUUUCUAAAUAUGAAAAAAUGGAAAUGUUACUGAUCUAUUAAGAAACGGUUGACCAUAUCAGGAUAAUCUUUUCAGGUUCAGCGUAAAUAAUAGGAGGAAGAGGAUUCGGCCGGUAACAUUGUCUAUUCACAAAAAUAAUUUAUCUAUAUAUAAAUCAUGUUUCUGUCGUAGAAGUAUCUUUACACCCGGAUGUGUGUUCUGAAAAAAUUUCCCAUAUACUGUAUCGUAAAAUGCUGUUUUUUUAGAAGGAUUCGUAAAAUAACAUUAAAUAAAAUUAUGUUAUCGAUUAGAGAAUUAAA